AUGAAGGGUUCAAUCACUGAAGCGAAGAAACGCAUGCAAAAAUUUAAUUGUGGUCACAGACGGGCUUUUUCAGUACCAAAUGCUGGUGGUGGUCGUGCGCGAACAUCUGCUGUCGAAAACAGUGACUUCUCGCCGUAUGCGCAGGAGCAAAAAACGGUAGAAGGAGAGCUAUUGAAAACAGUAACAUAUAUUUCGAGUGGUUUACCAGUUAUGGUACCGGUUUCGGAAGAUGAUGACGCUGAUCUUACUGUGAAAAUCAACGAAGAAGAGAUAGAUCUUCCAAAUGAAAAUACUAAGCGUGGUACUCGAGUUGCUGUUAGAAAGAUUUGGGAAGCACGAUGGAAAGCUACGAAUUUUGAGCUACUUCCAGAAUGGUUGCAAGAUAAUGAGUAUUUGCGUACCGGACACAGGCCACCAUUACCGAGCUUUGGCUCAUGCUUCAAAAGUAUAUUUUCCCUACAUACGGAAACCGGUAACAUCUGGACUCAUAUGUACGGUUGUGUGGCAUUCAUUGGAGCUGCAGCCUGGUUUUUAACACGUCCGUCAGUAUUGGUGCAGUCAGAAGAUAAAAUUGUGUUUGGGAUAUAUUUUGUUGGUGCAGUGGCUUGUUUGGGAUUAUCAUUUGCCUUCCAUACAGUACAGUGCCAUUCUGUUCAAGUUGGGAAGCUAUUUAGCAAAUUGGAUUAUACUGGUAUUACUUUACUUAUUGUUGGUUCCUUCAUUCCAUGGAUUUAUUAUGGAUUUUAUUGUCGUUUGGUGCCUAUGAUUAUGUAUUUAACUAUGAUUUCCAUUCUUGGAAUUGCUGCAAUUAUCGUAUCUUUGUGGGAUAAAUUUGCUCAGCCGCAUUACCGGCCUUUACGAGCUGUUAUUUUCAUGACAAUGGGUUUAAGCAGUGUUGUGCCAGCUUUAGACAUACUAAUUAAUGAUGGUAUUUCGUAUCUCUUAAAUGAAGCAUCAUUAUUUUGGUUUAUAUUAAUGGGUAUUUUAUAUAUAACGGGUGCUGUUUUAUACGCUACGCGUACACCGGAAAAAUGUUUUCCUGGAAGAUUUGAUUUAUGGUUACAAUCACAUCAACUGUUUCAUAUGUUUGUGAUAGCAGCAGCUCUAGUUCAUUUUUAUGGUAUCAGCAAAACAGCCGUGAAACGCCUGGAACAGGGAUCAUGCGCUGAACAAAUGUUGGAACAAUAUGGACACGAAGACGAACCAUAG